UUUUGGUCUCCCAUCUGUGUUAUGCAAGCGUAAUCUUUGGAGGAUGUUGGAAGGAGGAAGGAAGAGGACGACGUCGUAUUACCAAGUUCUUGGAGUCGCUGCGGGUUCCUCAGCCGACGACAUACGACGAGCGUAUCGCAAGCAGGCAAUGAGAUGGCAUCCCGAUCGCUGGACGAAGGACCCUUCUCUCGCAGGCGAAGCCAAACGCAGAUUCCAGCAGAUUCAGGAAGCUUAUUCUGUGCUAUCGGAUCAGAAGAAGCGAAGCUUGUACGACGCAGGCCUCUACGAUCCUGAAAACGAGGGCUUCUUCGAUUUUGUUCAAGAAUUGGCCUCUUUCAUUGCCCAGACGAGAGAAGAGAAGUCUGACAGGCAGAAGCCGCAGGAUAAGCAAUACAGCAUGGAGGAGCUUCAGACGAUGUUCGCUGAGAUGAUCCAUCAGUUUGAUUCGGAGCCCUUGUUCCGCGACGGACCAAAGGCCUUCGACGUCGAUCUGGAUGAAGCGACCGAUGAGGCUGUCAGUUUCUCGAUUGGCUACCGUUGAAUGUCUCGGGAUUUGAUCGGUUCUUACUAAAACUCCUGUUGAUGUGUGUGAAGGGCCAAUGAGUUCCUACGUAGGUUUUCCUCUGUAUCUUUCCCGUAAGAUGUAACUGUUGGGCAAAAACCACUCAGCUGUUUGCAUGGUUUACGACACGACCUGGAAAAUGGAACGUCGAAACAAAGACUUCGUUCCACAUGAAAUGUAACGACGCUGGACAAUGUGAAUAAAAUGUUGUGCUGUAUAGAAA